GUUCUCGGAGAGUAGGAAAUCACGCUGCCGAAAUUUCAGUUAAUCUGACAUUUUCUUCAACUGUCAACUGAAUAUUUGAUGGUAAAAUGCCUCCUAAAAAGAAGCCGAAGAAGCAGUAUAAUGGGUUCUACAUGUUCAUGCUGGAAAAACAGGAAGAAUUGCGUUUAGAAGGCCGUAAAGUUUCGAUGCAAGACAUGGUCCCGAUUGCGCAUCCCGAGUGGAAAAUGCUUCCAGAAGAUAUUCAGAAAGAGUACACAGCUCGUGCCAAACAAAAGAAGAAAGAAGACAAGGGAGCGUCAGGUUAUGAAGGGAAAUUGGAUUGCACAGGGCAACUCAUCACGAAUCGUUUUUCAGUAAGUGAUUAUCUUGAAAAGAGAAGAAGAACUGAGGCUGCUGCCCUAAAAUCAUCAUGGUCUACUGGUGUAGACAUAGUCAAUCAUCCAUUCUACAUGAUAGCCGUGAAGACAUUAUGCCAAGUCCCUGAUGAUGACACGUACCUUCCGUGCGAACUAGCGUGCGUAGAGUAUACCAUGAGUGCCGGUAUAACCAAACGUUUCCAUUGCUUCCCGGAUCCUGGCAAACUCCCGAUGGGCACUCGAUACCUGUGCAAAGUGCAAGGCGAGGAUAUCCACAAGAUUCCGGCAGAAGGCUUCGAGCAGUACAACGAUAACUAUAAAGAGAUCUGGAGGGACCUUAUAGCUUUUGUGAACCCUAAUAGACAGCAUGUGAUGCCACCGUUAUUUUGUGAGCUUCGAUGUCGGGAAGUGGUAGAAUUCACUCUCUCUUGGUUGGCCAGGAACGGGGGAAUGUCUAACAACUUGACCAAGGUCUACGAAGCUGAGCUCCUGAUUCUAGAACUGUUCAGGAAUGCGGGAGAGAUCGUUCCAUCCCGGAGCCAGGUCUCUGCACUUCUUGCGUCAUCGGCCUGGGAUUAUAUGAAGGAUACAAGAUGUGAGUAUCAUGAAGAAACGGAAGUAGUUCUUGAAAAUUGUGCUUUGGGAACCUGCAAUAAAUACUGCUACUGCCUCAGUGAUGCGGUCUGUCCUAGAUACGACGUGGAGCUGACGCCCAACCAUAUACCGGAGGCCGAAACCCCUGACGCUAUCGUCUAUCCCGCGCAGCAGCGGGAGAUCAAACCACAAGGUCAACGUACUCCACCGAGGGGUAACAGCAAGGGGCGCAACUACACACCCCCUCGGAUGAGAGACAGUGAUGCGGAAGAUAGAGAAGACAUCAACACGGCUCGUGAGGCACAACGAAUGGCCUCAUAUGAAGAUAAGCCGCUGCGUCAGCCGUCAACUAUCGGUAUAGCUCAUGUUGUUUCACAGCCAAAGUCUAACAUUCCUGAGACCGUUCAUAGUCAAGAAUCAGGUGCAUCCCGUCUUUAUGCUGGGCCUCCUGAACCACCAUCAGCCAAUCAGGUUCCUCCCCCAGCCCAGGCGUGGCAGACGGUUACCACUAUACCUCAACAGAAACCAGGUGCAAUGAACCAGCAAGCCUCCAUUGAGCAGCUAACCAAUCAGAUGGGCGGACUAGGGACGAUGCCCGCAGGUCGGGGGAUUCCCCCACAAUCACUUGGGCGCGGUCUAGGGCGUGGCUUGGGGCGAGGCCUUGGCAGGGGAUUGGGUAGGGGUGGUGUGGCCCCGCCCCCUGGAUUCUGAAACUUGUGUGUCUCACACCCACCAUGCAGUUCAUCGGAGUGUAGUGGUGCUAUAACAUUUCAUUGCCUGCUUGAUGACAUCCUUCAGGGGUUUAUGGAGGAAACACCUGCUGUCUGGGGAGAGAUUUUGGAGACUUUUCUUAUGGUGCUGAUUUCUGGAAGCCUAUGAUUUUCAUACUUCCAAUUUCAUAGACUAGGGAAGCAAGCAGUUUUGCUUUUGGAUACAAAUUGUGAUGGAAGAAACUAUCCACUAUUGCAGAUGUUUUGGAUUUUAUAGCAAGUAAUUGAAGGCCUGACAAGACUUGAUGAAGGAAGCGACGAUGGCUACUCUGGCAUUGCA